UUCCUUCCUCCUACACGGAAACCUGGGUUGUUGUAAGUCGUUAAGGUAUCGGUAGUCGCUCAAGUAUAUCCAUUCCAUUCCGACUAAAGCGGCUCUAAUGUAAUUCUUCCUCGGACAUGUUUUUAAGUGAUUUAUUUUUAAUUGAGUGGAAACAUAUCGAACCACAGGUGUUCAGUCGGAGCAGGUGACGCAGCCUACGGAGCCCACAGGCCGGCGGAGGGUCUGAGCACCUUCCGGAGAAAAUGUUGGUGUUUCUUAUGCAUUUGUAAAACAUGAUCGCUGCAUACAGAUAUGUGGACAGUGGUAGUUUUUCUGAACCUCCUGGGAGCUCUGCACUUCACAGUCUCCUCCUCUCCCCCCAGCCCUAUCAAUGUGAUCUUCUCCUCAGUCGAUCUGAGAAAUGUGCUGGAAUGGCUCCCAGGAAGUGGCAAACUGGAUGACACCCAGUUUACAGUGCAGUAUGCCAUCUAUGGGGACAGUGUUAAAGGCAGUAGUCGGGCUCACUGGAGGGCGGUGCCGCGGUGUACGGACAUCGUGCGGAGGUGGUGUGACCUGAGCAAUGAGACGGGGGAUCUGGCGCAGGGAUACUAUGCCAGAGUUCGUGCUGUGAGCCGGAGAGCAUUCUCAACAUGGGUCCGGACAACGAAGAGAUUUGAUCCUAAGUCGGACACUACUUUUGGCCCUCCUAUGGUUUCUGUGGAAAUCAAGGACAACAAUGCCACCAUCACUUUGAAGGGACCCAUGAGAUAUCAGCCCAACGCCCCAAUGGUUUCCAUGGCAUCAGUCUACCCCGACAUGACUUACAAACUCUUCAUCGAGGGCGCACAGAUACCCUAUUCUCUAGUGGUCUCAAGUUCGUACACAUUUCGCAUGAUGGAGUACGACACAAAGUACUGCUUUUCUGCCAGGGCAAGUGUAUCUUCCAUGCCAACCCAAUGUCUGCCCUCAGCACGGUACUGCAUUACCACACCUAAAGAUCCAGUGCAGAGGGUAGUUGUGGGUAUUGUUGUUCCAUUGUUGUGCAUGGGUAUGCUGGUUGUGGUUGGCUACUUUCUCUAUAACUACCUGUCGGGGAAAGGACAGGAGAGCCCGUAUAUACUGAACCUGCCUACCUUUCAUCAGCCCCCUCUGACGUUCCCCCCUGAGAAUCCCAAACCCAUCAUCAUCACCAUCAUCACCAUCAUCAAAGAUCAACAACCAGAGAGCGGCACACCACACUCUGCAUGCCCAAAGAAGCCGACACCAGGAUACGCCUCCCAGAGGCCCCGAACACCACCGGCACCCGAGGAACCCUGGGACGAUUUGUCUGUCGACUAUGGGUUUCUUGCCGCAGCUCCUAAAAUCGAGAUCAGAGGAGGAAAUUGGAAUGAUCUGAACUGCCCAGUAAGAGGCAGUUAUGAGAAGAAAGAGUGCGACGUUGAAGAUGACCACUCAGGUGGACCCCCUCUGACUAAUGCCCAGACAGAGAUGAGCACACUAAUACAAGCGCAUGCAUGGUCACUGCCAGUGUUAACACCAUUAGUGUCUGGUCAGGGAGCUUCUAUGGGAGAGGUGAAGGGAAAGGAGGAGGAAAGAGAGUUCCCAGGUUUAUUAAUAAGCCCAAUCCCACAAAUAGGCUUCCUCCAUAUUCCUUUGAAUCUAUUGGCAAAGAAGAAGGGAGGGAUGGGGGAGGAGAUGAAUGGAAAUAUGAGAGUGGGAACGGAUGGAAAGAUGGAUCAAAGUGAGAGUGAGGUAUUACCCCUUCUUUCUGCUUAUGCCUCUCAGAACACUAGGCAGAUCUCCCACUCUGACCAAUCAGAUGACUUACCAGAUGACUAUGGUGUUCUGACGAUGAAUACACCACACAAUACAGAAGAAGAGGAGGAGGAGGAGGGAAAUCUUUGUAUUGAUUGGGAUCCCCAGACCAGGAAACUUGUGUUUCCGGAGAUAGCAAUGGAGUUUAACAAAGAGGGAGUGUGGGAUGGGAUGAUGCAGGGAGAAAAAGUGAGGGAGAACAUGAUUGGAGGAGAGGGAGAGGAGGAGACUGUGAAUUUGAGGAAUGGCGAGCUGAGGUUGGAAAAUGUGUUUGUGAGACAAGGGUCCGAGGAAAAGGCAGAGGCACAGAGGGUGUUGGAGGGAGGCGGGGAUGAUUUUCUGACCGGAUGGGGUUUGGUCAUCUCGAUGGACGAGUAGAUGAUAUUCAUCAAUUGAUUUACUCCAUUACUAUAAAGAAAUAUAUGCUCUUCUUCUGCACUUAUUAUGUGCACUUAAAUAGCAUAACCUAUGGGUUUUAUUAAGAAAACUACAAAAUCGAAUUAUUAGGAACACUUAGUGUACUGUAGUCGUGUUACUUGUAUACCUGUAAAUGUUAAUGUUGCUUUAUGAAGUUUACUUUAUGAUUUGAACUUUAUCAGAUUAACGAAUUAUACUGAUCAAUGUGAAUACUUAUGAAGGAAUUACACUUGGGCUUGAUGCAUGUACAAAGUCAAGGUCUUCUUGUAAUACAAAUAUUCCAAGAUUUUGCAGAACGACCACAUUUUAGAUGUUUUUGUGGACAGAUUGCAAAUUCUUUGUGAGACUACAUGCUUCACAAGUAUACGUUGGAUGUUUGGAUACUAUAUGUGACACAGUUUACUGCGGAUAAUCCAUGACUAUACAUAUCCUUGUUUACUUAUUAUCGCUGUCUAGCAGUAGUAGGUGUGUUUAGUUUCAUGUUUCAGGUAUGUCCCUUUUUAAGUUCCUGGUGCAGCACUUAAACUGUAGACACUUUGGAACAGUAGUUGUUUGUACUGUGUAUUUCUGCUCAAUUGGGCAGAAUUAUAAUGUGAUUAAUUUCCAUUUCCUCAGUCUGGGAUUGCGGUAUUCCUUUCAAUAUAAAUCCACUAGUACUGAAUAUGUUAUAUGAAGGAAAUACUGAUGUUCAGAGGAACAAGACAGUAUCUACCUCUAUGAUUAAUGUGUUCAUAUCGUUUAUGAUGAAGUCAAAGAGAGCGCUUUACUCCUGAUGUUUUGUUUUCGAAUGUAGAGUCUCUACCUGAACUAGAGUAUGUGCCAAUAUUAUUUGUAAAAGAAGUCAACAUAAUUUUGCAAUCAUCAGUGUCUUUAUCUCUUUAAACAACAUACUGUCUGCUGUGCAAUAUUACAGCGUUAUCACUUAGUCAUCUUGGUUUUUUUUAUAUGCAACAAUUUGUAUGUUUGUUUGGAGCUGAGGUUUUAAGAAGCUUUGUGGAAUAUGUUAUGCUGUCUUGCCUGCAAGUGAUCAUAUUUCCUUACACUACUGGCUCUUCUGCAUUCCAUCAACACAAGCUAUGAUUAAAGCCCGGUACAUACUUUCACUUUGAUAACCAGAAGAAUGCUACAUCGCUUGUUUCCCUUGUCAUAGUGGGGUAAAACCUUACGCUCCUUAUAUAAUGUUGUUCCUCUUUCUCCUAAUUUUUGUAACUGUUUUUACUCAAGAUGUUAAAUGAAGGAAGCUUUGGUUUGAUCAUCUCUACAAACCUGCAUGUUUUCAAAGCCACAGUAAACAGGAAUUUUAAAACCCUACAUUUAGUUUCACAACUCAGGUUUUUCUGCAAUGUGAUGACAAGUUUGAUGCUGUGCAUGAAUUGUAUACGUACAAUGUUUUUCAUAGAAUUGUAUGUCGCCAGACAGAAUUAUUGUAUAUUAAAAUAAAUGAUAUUAAAGUGAA